AUGCGUCUGUUACCGCGACGCCGUUUGGCUCCCCUGAAACUGGUUAUCCUUGCGGGGGCUAUCUUCAUGGUGGUCUUAGUGGUUCUCCUGAGCGACCCGACCUCCUCAUUCACCGCCGAACCCUGGCUCUUGAGACAGGUGGAGAAGAAGGACAAGGUGAUGAUGCUGGUCCAAGACGCCGCCAAAAACUUGGGCUUCCAGAUGCCGGUCCCGCCCCAGAUGGAGCCCACCAAAAACAACGUUUGCACCCAUGGUUUCUACAGCAAGGAUGAGCUCAAGCCUCAUUUGGAGAGACCGCCUCAGGACCCCAAAGCGCCUGGUGCAAAUGGGAACGCCUUUCAUAAAAAUCUGUCUCCCAAGGAGACCAAGGAGAAGGAGGAAGGCAUGACCAAGCAUUGUUUCAAUCUGUUUGCCAGUGACCGCAUCUCGCUCAGCCGGAGCCUCGGCGACGACACUCGGCCUCCAGAGUGCCUGGCCCAGAAGUUCUUUCGGUGCCCUCCGCUGCCUGACACCAGCGUGAUCAUCGUGUUCCACAACGAGGCCUGGUCGACACUGCUCCGAACGGUCUUCAGUGUUUUGCACACGUCACCUGCCUUCCUGCUCAAAGAAAUCAUCCUGGUGGAUGAUGCCAGCACUGAAGAGUACCUGCAGAAGCAACUGGAGGAAUUUGUCCGCGAACUGAAGAUUGUCCGUGUGAUGAGGCAGCGGGAGAGGAAGGGACUGGUCGCAGCCCGGCUGCUGGGCGCCAGCGUCGCACAAGGCCAAGUCCUCACCUUCCUUGAUGCGCACUGUGAGUGUUUCCACGGUUGGCUGGAGCCACUAAUAAGCCGCAUCGCGGAAGAACCGACUGCGGUGGUCAGUCCGCGCAUCGUCACAAUCGACCUCAACACGUUCCAGUUCAGAAAGCCUAUGGCCAACCUGUUAUACAACAAUCGAGGGUCCUUCGACUGGGCCUUGACGUUUAUCUGGGAGCCCAUCCCCAACCACAUCUUCAAUCUGCGCAAAAAUGAAACCCAACCGAUCAAAACACCCACUUUUGCCGGAGGUCUCUUUUCCAUAUCGAAGAGCUACUUUGAACACAUCGGAACAUAUGAUGACCGGAUGGAGAUUUGGGGUGGCGAGAAUGUCGAGAUGUCCUUCCGGGUGUGGCAGUGCGGCGGUCAGCUGGAGAUCCUUCCUUGUUCGGUGGUGGGCCACGUCUUCCGCACCAAGAGUCCGCACACUUUCCCCAAAGGCACCGAGGUCAUUACUCGCAACCAAGUGCGCCUGGCUGAGGUCUGGAUGGAUGACUACAAAAUGAUCUUCUAUCAUCGCAGCAAUAGGGCCAGUGCCAUGGCCAAUGAGCUCUCGUAUGGGGACAUCUCCGAUCGUCGGAAACUGAGAGAGAACUUACACUGCAAAAACUUCUCCUGGUACUUAAACACCGUCUACCCUGAGAUGUUCGUUCCUGAAUUGAAACCAUUAAAAUUCGGAACAAUAAGGAAUGCCGGAUCUAAAACAUGCUUGGACGUUGGUGAUAAGAACGCAGAGGGGAGACCUGUUAUCAUGUACCCAUGUCACAACCAGGGAGGCAACCAGUAUUUUGAGUAUACGUCCAACAAGGAGCUGCGUCAUAACAUCGCCAAGGAGCUGUGUCUCCAGGCGGAGACUAAUCCACAGCCGGCGAGGAUGCAAGUAUGUGCGCUGAAAAAAGGGGAGUCAAGGUCGUCACCACACCAGGAGUGGAUCUUCACACAGGAAAAUCUCCUGAAGAAUCCCAGCAGUGGGAAAUGUUUACAUGUGAAGCAAAAGGUCAUUCUGAUGGACGAUUGUAAUGCGUGGAAUGACUACCAGCGCUGGAGCUUCAGCUGACAUCCUUUGGCCCCCGUUUAGGGCAUUUGGCCAGCCCGACCGGACAGAGGAGGCUUUGGCACGAAGCCGGGACAAACUCACAUCGAUCCACUUGGAUUGCCGUUCAUUGCUUUAACCCUUUCAUGCACUCUAGUGUAACCUGAUAACAAUGAUAAACUGUCCACUGAGGUAACCGCUGUCCCUGAAAGGGUUAAAGCUAAUCCAGGUGGAAAGUCAGGUUUGAAUGGCUUGAAGGUGGUCGUCGGAGCCGAUGUGAGCACUGACAUUCAAUGCACAAGUCUCACAGAGUCUGUUUUUACGUGAAUUUUACACUUGAGACUUCCUCAGGUGAUGGUGGACGAGGUGGUGGUAGUGACGAUCAGAGUGCAAUAAAUGAAGCAAAAUACUCAAAUAGCUGAGCUCUUCAAACCUUGGCCAGAGGACACGGCCUUGCUAGUGGUGUGAUUUUAACAUUCAGAUAGAGAAUGUUGAGAUGAGGCUUUUUACAUUUCACAGCAAAAAUGUAAAAGUGGAAAUGAAUAGGUUCAUAUGGACAUUGCUUUUGGGCAUUAAAUAGUCACGUAAAAGCGUGUUCAAGAAGUCAAAUUUAAGGCUUUUUAAGGUCCACUAAAGUGUUCAUAGUUUUGGGAAAAACUAUAUCAAAUAAGUAUGAAGUUUUUUGUUU